GUAGCGGAGCUCCAAGCAGCGCGCACCAGCAGCAGCAGCAGCAAGAGCAAGAGCACAGCAUUCAAACUGUUACAGUCGCAUCUCAAAAUACCGCGACCGUCACGCAGACAGGCGGAGACGCGUCUUACAGUGAGUUAACCCGGUUAAAAAUAGUUUCACGUUUUCAAUUGAUUUAUUGUCAACGAAGACUCGUGUUGACUUGAAAGUUCGGGGAGUCAUUGGAGCAUGAAAACCGGCGUGGAGAGAAGCCCUUGUUCCAAAACUUGCGGGAUCCUAUAAAGCCGCCUUUUCGCCUUUAUUUCCCCAAACCUCGCAAAUCCCCGCGAGUGACGUUGCCUUCCCGGAGACUCUCGUGGAUGUUUCUGCUUACGGUUGCUCAGGGACCUCCCAACUUUGUCAAAGAACAGAACAAAACGAUCAUUAGUUUAUGGUUAUUUUUAUUUUUAUUUUAUUUAAUUUUUUGCUAAAGGAAGAAAGCAACCAGAAGAAUAGAACAGCGGAGGAAGCGGAUGUAUAUCGGGCCAUGGAUGUGACAGUUUACCCGCCGCCUCCUCAACCCCUGACCGCGUCGGAGCACGGCCGACUCGGGCAGCUCUCCUACCCGGAGCCGGCCUUCGGGACCAAGUUGGAAGGCGACGCCAUGUUCCUGAAUAUGCAAGAAACGGGCCUUGACUAUGGCGCAAAUGACCAGUUUCGUGCGCCGCAGCCCCCUCAGCCCCUGAGCAAGGCGACGCCUUCCAACCCUUCCUCGCAGCACUGGCGGAGGGACGCGCACAUUGCCGACACACACCGUCUGCCUUGGUCCUACUCAGUGGCCGGUUUGAGUGAUGAAGACUUCAACAUUCCGCCCAUCACUCCCCCUACGGCGCCAGAGCACAUGUUGCCCCCUCAUCCGCCCCACGAUUCCUCCGGCGGAGCCUACCCACCGCUGGAUGGCGACAGCGGUUCAGCUCCGCACCACCCCUACCGGCUGCAGGGCAUGAAUCUGACCGCGAUGCCCGCCGGUCAGGAUGGGGCGCCCGUCUUGAACCAAGAUGGGGGGACGUUCAGCCCAGACGGGGCAGCCAUGACCAGUACGCUCUCUGUGAUGCAACAAAUGGUAAACUCUGAUUCUCGGUUUACUGGCAGCCAACAGCCCAUUGAAGCAGCACUCGGACCCAAAAACCCAGCGGCCAUCAACCAACCCGGCCAGUUGUCCACUAUCAACCAAUCCCAGCUGGGACUCGCCGCCAAGUCCGUCACCCACAAUUCCCCAUCUCCACCUGCAAGUAAAUCGGCCACGCCGUCUCCGUCCAGCUCGACGCAUGAGGAUGACAACGAUGAUGGAUUUAGGGGCAACGGAGGUGAGAAACGCCCGGCGCCGUUUGACAUCUCCAAGAAAGCCAAGACGCCAAAGAAGAAGAAACGAAAGGACCCCAAUGAGCCGGUCAAGCCGGUCUCUGCCUACGCGUUGUUCUUUCGCGACACGCAAGCCAACAUUAAGGCCCAGAAUCCCAACGCCACCUUUGGGGAGGUGUCAAAGAUUGUGGCCUCCAUGUGGGACGGCCUGGGAGAGGAACAAAAGCAGGUAUAUAAGAAGAAGACAGAGACGGCAAAGAAAGAGUAUCUGAAACAAUUGGCUGCCUACAGGGCCAGUCUGGUCUCUCAGAGUUACAACGAUCCGUGUGAGAUGAAGCCGCCGCACUCUACCUCGUCACCUUCCUCUUCCUCCUCCGCCUCAAUGUUCACAUCCAAGCCGUCCGUCUACGCGGGCCAGCAGCCUUCCUCCGGCUCGCUCGCCCACCCGCUUCAUCCCCAGCAGCACCCGGGCAUUUACAUGCCGUACCCUCACCCGUCCAACCUCAGCCACCACCCCCCGAGCCCCGGUCUGGGACACCCUCACCUGGCCCCGCCUCACCCUCAGAUCCACGCCCAGCUUCACGCCCUGUCCUCCGGAGGAACCGUGCCGCGACCCGGUUUGCCUCACCAGGGGGCGCUGUCCCUCGGCGGCGUGGUGCAAGCCUCCACCCCGCCCCACCGGGUCAGCCCCCCGCUCCACGGUCAGGCUCACCUGGGGGGGCUGCACAGUCCGCAUCGGCAGCAUCAUCAGCUCGGCGCGCACUCGCUGGGAAUGGCGCACUCUCCGGCCAUCACGCAGGCCUACUCUCUCCAGCCCGAGUAUCAGCCGAUCGGAGGAGGUCUGAUGAAUAGCGGAGCGGUCAUGUCAUCAUCGGUGGACUACCACCAGCUGAGUCGACACAUGGCCAACCAUCAGCCAUCUCUCGACUGGAGCGGAGAUUACCACGGCAACGGAGGUCCCCAGCGAGAUAAAACUUUGUACCUGAGUUAAUUUCAGAACAAAGUGACUCCCAACGUCCUUUGCCACAGUACGGUGAGACCUCGUUCAAACCUCUACGGGAGCCAGGCACUCAAGCGGACUUGCAGCGGAGCCCCCCCUCCCCUCCAAAAAAGACAGACAAAAGUCCUGACUAAAUGUCAGUUUACGCAGAAUGGUGUACAGUAAGAGCUGACAGAAAAUAUGAGAAACUCAACGAAUGGCGCCACAUCACUGUGUCCUGGAGGAAGAGAGGACAGGUCAAAAGAGGAAGACCCCCCCCUCCCCCGCUCCUGCACAUAAAUUAGUUAGACCGGUCCAAUUUUAUCUCCUACUUAAGUGUAUAUUGAUUCGAAAUGAAAGGAUGUGUUACACAAAGGAAGUUUUUCAGUUUUUGGCCUGGGCUCUGAAGAGUGAAGGUUGGUGUAUAUAAUGUCAUUCAGAAGCCCUCGCAAAGGGGUCAUUCUAGCCAACUGCGACAAAGCAGUAUUAAGGAUCACGCUUAAAAAGAAGAAAAAAAAAAAAAGGAAAAUGGCAUUGUCAUAAUUUGAUACAAUAUUACUAGAAUACAGAGUUCUUUUUCCAAGAUAAUGAAUGCACCAUUUUGCCCUUGUGACAUUCCAACUUCAUUCUCAUAACAUGAAGUAUUUAUAUUCUGACACCUUUCGUUUAAGACUGUUUGUUUUUUCUUUUCUUUUCAGCGUGGCCCUCAUAAAAUUCUUAUCAACCCCCAAACAUAAAUAAAUACAUCCAAAUAAAAAAUAAAUCUACCUGCUUUUUUUUUUUUUUUUUAAUCUGAACUGGACUACCCGUUCUAAAAAGUUCUGAAGAGCGCUUGUAAAAUCCUGUCAGGUAAUUGUUCAUGCUGUCCCCAUCGUCCAUCGCUGCAGCCAAAGGAAAAAGAGCACAGCACACACAAGCCCGCCAUGUUCUCUUGUCAUGGCGCUCUCACAUCUGUUGACCACAAAGUGUAUUUCAGUCCUUGAUAUGAAGAAAUUUCAACUACUUAUUUGCUGAAUUCAAAACUUGAUAUGAUGGCGGCUCCUCCCCCAUGUGUCUGUCUUGUCUGUUUUCCAGAAUUGAUUUGGACCCAAAAUGCGUACGUGCUUGUGUGUGUGCGUUCAUGAGUGAGCGAGCGAGCGUGCUGGAGAGAAAGUGGAGAGGUUGAUAUCGAGAAGGAGCGCGCUCUCUUUUGUCAUCUCGACUUCUCUGUGCACAGAGGCUAUUUAUGAACCCCUAACUAUUGCUUUGCUGGCUGUGUUUCAAUGUUUUCAAUCAAGUUAUGUUUUUAGUGUUCAAGUCUUUCUUGCUCACCUUAUCUUUUUUUUUUUUUUUUGUAUUUUAUGUAUUUUGGGGCAGAUGAAAGGACUCUGGGCAACAACCAUGAAGAUUUUCUUAUUUUUAGAUUCU